GGUACAGAUAUUACUCAGAGAGAAACUGUAUGUGCUGAUCGUCUUAUAUUUUAAACCAUCCUCUCUCAAGAUAUAAUUUUAAAUUAUUAAAUUUAGGUUACGAAAUUGUUUCCCCAGAAUUAUAUUUUUAAUUUCUCAUUAAUUCUAAACAUUCCUAUUUGAGUGUCGAGACUAAGUUAGCUCCUUCAAUUCUCUUGUUUUCUUUCAAUUUGAACAUUGAAAAGUCAUCAAAAGUAGGGUUUCUGUUUUUCUCUACUUAGCUGGUCAUCGAGAUUCGCUUGCGAGGUAUGGCAACUCAGCUGAAGAGCGGAUACAUGCUUAGAUAUAAAAUAUCUUCUAAGCUGGCCGAACCUCAUGAAAUAUUAUUGGUUUACGGCCGAAAAAUAUCGUAAACACCAGAGUACUCAAGUGAAGAAACAAGAGCGUAUAUUUAGUAAAGACUGGAAGGAGGAAUAUGUCGUGCUCUUCAAUGAUAGUACUCUCGUGUGGUUUAAAGACAAGGAUAAGAUGGAACCGGAAGGAAGUGUCAUCAUAAAAAAUGCGCCAGAAUUGAUGGCUUAUGGUCCCUUCACAGCUCGUGUUCCGAAAAGACCUGCUUUACCAAAUGGCUAUAGAACUUCACAACUGUUAGCAUUUGGUACCAAAGGAAAAGAAGCAGUUUACUGGUUUCUCUGUAAACAUGAAGAAGACGUGAUGUCUUGGAUGACUACCAUCAGUAACUUGCUGCCUCCACCUCCAGCAAGACCUUCUUCUCAAUUACAUGACUUUCAAGGUUGCCAAGGUUGCAGCAGACACACAUUUUUACCAUCUAGUGGCUUGUCUCAACAACUCAGUUAUGGAUACGUUCAGCAAUCAGAACCAGUUUCCAACGUUCCCAUUUCUGAUCGCCAAAACAAUGGUGACCUUGCUAUGAGUAUAUUUCUUGGUAGCACAAUGGGUUGGGGUUUAGGACGAGGCUGGAAUGAGGAGUGGGUCAAUAGUUUUUACGACGCUGGUGCUCACUGGUAUGAUAAUGGGGACCAUCACUUUAGCAAUAACGAAAGUGAUGUUAAUCACGAAUCUAUUGGAAUACACGAUGAUGCAUAUGAACCCGGUGGUCUCGACUCCACAGAUUUUGACAUGUGCGCAGAUUUUGGCGCAUUUUGAAUAUCAAAGGUUUUAUGUGUGUGUGUGUGUGUGUGUGUGUGUGUUUGUGUGUGUGUUUUAUGUGGUAUCAGGACAUUUUUGAAAGAAUUUACUGCGGUCCGUUACAAUUUAGUCAUGAAAGAGAAGCCCCCACCCCCUUGAUGCAAAAUUGAAUUCGGAAACAAACCAAUUGGUCAAGUAUGUGGGUUUAUAAGGUGCUUGUGUGAGUCUGCGCAGCACAGGCAUGAAUGUCUUGAUAAAGAAUGUAUUAGAUUUCAAAAUUAAUGUUACAUAUAUAGUUAGCUACCAAAAUUACCUAUACACCCUUAAGAUCCGGCGUAUUUAGUCAACCCUUUUACAUAACUUUCAUAAGGCAAUCAGUUAAAGUUAGAGGUUUCAAAAACUGCUUCAUAUUGCAAAGAAAGUUCUAUUUCUCUCUUCUAGAAACUCAUUCAAUUAUAUAAUAAAUAUUAAAAUCCACUCUCAUCCCAUACUUUCCAAUAAAUACAUCAGCUCACACGUCUAUCCAUCUGUCUAUUACAAAACCAAAGUCAGGAACUCUUAGUCAAGUUUCGACCCGAUUUAAGUUGUUAAGAAAGAAGCGGAAUAAUGUCCCUUAUGUGAUGUGAUAAUUCUUUUUAAACAUAUGUAACCAAUCACUGCUUUGUGCCAUACCUUUCAGUCAAAAGAAGAUGAAACUAUUUGUUGUCCCUUUAGCUAGUAACCUUCGCUGUUCUAGCUAGUCGCAGUCUGUGACUUUGAUUAGAUAGAAUGAUUAUUUUUAUAUAUUCAAUUAGGAUUUUCGUGCCAUUUUUAGUCAUAGACCUUAGCGAUGCUAGCUGGUCUUUCAAAAGAAAAAUCGUGUGUCAUCGUAAGUUUGGUAUUUGGUAGUGAAUGUCUCAAACAUCGUAAUUAUAUACAUUUUUCAUUUUUUAUUAGUAUUUUCUUUUACAAGGACAUUUUGACACUAUACUUUUAAUACAAAUUACAAGCACUGGAUCAAUAUGACACCGUAACUUUAAUAUAAUGAUGUCCGGCUUUCCAGAACGAAUUUGGAAAAUCCAUUUUGAAUACAGGAGUAUUGACUGUGUAUGGCCACUUUCAUAAAGUGUCCAAAUGCAUGUAUGUAUUUAAUAUAUGAAACUUGGCAUAUUCAUGUUUGUAAAUGAAUCAACUUUAAAUUUUCAUAGAACUUAUGAAAGUGUUUUACAUACACUCAGAAUGAACAACAUUGUUAUGAGUAGACUCAAAUAUAUGUAUGAGUUGUGAAGUUCACUUUGAUGUCAAAGCGAUGUAACAUAUAUAGCUACAAUUAUGUAUUACUAUUACUGUCACUCGCAGUUAAAUACUUUUAAUAAAGAUA